AUGAAAGUUUUAGUUCUUGGAGCUACGGGUUUUAUUGGCUCAAGCGUAGCUGAUGCAUUGGUACGUGCUGGUCAUCAAGUUAUAGGUCAAACAAGAAACUCCUUGCAGUGCGCUAAGAAAUUGGAAAGUCGCGAGAUUGAAGUAUUGCAAAGUGAUCCAUUUUCUGACGACAAAUGGACUUCCAUCCUAGGCUCUAUUGAUGCGGUAGUAGACUGUCUUGGUGGUAGCGCCCCCAUUGAUAAAGAAAAUAUCAAUAUUAUUAGAAAGGCUGAACAAGCCGAAAGGCAUCCAACGGCUUCCAAAUUGGUCUAUAUUUGGACCUCCGGCGUUUGGCUACAUGGUGAUGACCGUUGGGAAAUUGUUACUGACGGAACUGAGGCCACCAGAGCUCCUGGAAAAGUUUCCUGGCGUCCAGAAGUCGAAAACAUUAUCGUUUCCAGUAAAGCAAUUGAUGGCAUCGUAAUUCGCCCAGGUUUAGUUUAUGGAAGAAGUGGAAGUGUCCCAGGGAUGCUUUUCAGUCAAGCUGUAACUGACAAGAAAAUAGAAUGGCCAGGUGAACCAGGGGGGCGUUAUGCUACAGUUCACGUUGAUGAUCUCGGUGAACUUUACCGUCUCGCCGUUGAAAAGCAUCCACUAGUCAAGCACCUUAAACUAGAAGGUAGCAAUUUUGCAACAGAAAGUGUGGAUCUUUUCUUAUCUAGAGUAGCUGAGCUUGCGGGUCUCGACAGCUAUAGUUAUAAGACACCAGUGUCUCCAUUCGAGAUUGCAUUAUCUGGUACUAGCAUUGUUCGAGGAACUUUAGCUCGAUCGAUACUCGGAUGGCAGCCUGUCAAGCCAUCACUUAUUGAUGGCUUGCAGGUUUAUUAUCGCUCGUCGCUUGCAAAUUGGCAAAAUUGA